CCUGCCCAGGUCUCAAAAGCCCGGCCGGGCUCCGAGCGCCCGCCCAGCCCAGCAUCCCUUAGCAUGGCCUGGAACACCAACCUCCGCUGGCGGCUGCCGCUCACCUGCCUGCUUCUGCAGGGGGCUAUGGUGAUUCUCUUCGGGGUGUUUGUGCGCUAUGACUUCCAGGCCGACACCCACUGGUGGACGGGGAGGGUGCGCACGAACCUCAGCGACCAGGAGAACGAAUUCUACUACCGCUACCCGAGCUUCCAGGAUGUGCACGUGAUGGUAUUCGUGGGCUUCGGCUUCCUCAUGACCUUCCUGCAGCGCUACGGCUUCAGCGCCGUGGGCUUCAACUUCCUGCUGGCAGCCUUCGGCAUCCAGUGGGCGCUGCUCAUGCAGGGCUGGUUCCACUCCUUCCAAGACAACCACAUCCUCGUGGGCGUGGAAAACCUCAUCAAUGCUGACUUCUGUGUGGCCUCUGUCUGCGUGGCCUUCGGUGCAGUUCUGGGUAAAGUCAGCCCCAUUCAGCUGCUCAUCAUGACUUUCUUCCAAGUGACUCUCUUUGCUGUGAAUGAGUUCAUUCUGCUUAACCUGCUGCAGGUGAAGGAUGCAGGGGGCUCCAUGACCAUCCACACAUUCGGCGCCUACUUUGGGCUCACAGUGACCCGGAUCCUCUACCGACGCAACCUAGAGCAGAGCAAGGAGAGAGAGAGUUCUGUGUACCAGUCGGACCUCUUUGCCAUGAUUGGCACCCUCUUCCUGUGGAUGUACUGGCCCAGCUUCAACUCAGCCAUAUCCUACCACGGCGACAGCCAGCACCGAGCUGCCAUCAAUACCUACUGCUCCUUGGCAGCCUGCGUGCUUACCUCAGUGGCAACAUCCAGUGCCCUGCACAAGAAGGGCAAGCUGGACAUGGUGCACAUCCAGAAUGCCACACUCGCGGGAGGAGUGGCCGUGGGUACCGCUGCUGAGAUGAUGCUUAUGCCUUACGGCGCCCUCAUUGUCGGCUUCCUCUGUGGCAUCUUCUCCACCCUAGGUUUCGUAUACCUGACCCCAUUCCUGGAGUCCCGGCUGCAGAUCCAGGACACGUGUGGCAUUAACAACCUGCACGGCAUUCCUGGCAUCAUAGGCGGCAUCGUGGGUGCCGUGACGGCGGCCUCUGCCACCCCGGAAGUCUACGGAGAAGAAGGGCUUGUCCAUUCCUUUGACUUUCAAGGUUCGAAGGCGAACUGGACCCCAAGAACACAGGGAAAGUUCCAGAUUUAUGGUCUCUUGGUGACCCUGGGCAUGGCCCUGAUGGGCGGCAUCAUUGUGGGACUUAUUUUGCGAUUACCAUUCUGGGGACAACCUUCAGAUGAGAACUGCUUUGAGGAUGCGGUCUACUGGGAGAUUCCUGAAGGGAACAGCACUGUCUACAUCCCUGAGGACCCCACCUUCAAGCCCUCAGCAUCCUCAGUGCCCUCGGUAUCCAUGACAUCCCCACUACCCAUGGCUUCCUCGGUACCCUUGGUACCCUAGGGGCCCAGGGCCCCCUGAGGAGCAGUGUGCAGACUGCCCCAGGGCUCCAGCGGAGCUGGUGCUGACCUACCUGGAGAAAAACAGCAAGAAAGCAGCACCCCCACCACUGGCCUGGCCCCACGAGCCUCCAUCCCACCCCUCCCCUUCAUCCCAGGGAGUCUGCCUGAGAAUGGAGGAGAAGCUACAAAGUGGGUGUCCAAGCCAGGUUCUGGCUGCAAAAGUUCUGCUUCUGUCCUGGGUCUUGACCACGUUUGAGAAACAUGGGCUCAGAGUGGGGCUGGGGCCUGGGGGUGAACCUGAGCUCUUCCAGGAAACAACUUAGUGCAGUCACCACCUGUGAGGCUCUUCUACCCUCACCUGUACCACAGCCAGCAUCUCCUGUGCUCCCUGGGUCCCCCAGACUGCUCUGUGUCAUGUAGGUGGUAGCCUCCAGGAAUAAACAUUCUUGAUGUCCUUUGUAAA